AUUUUAGCAGCACUGACAUCCAUUCCAAGUUCUCUUAAACAUCAAGAGAAAUGUUAUAGAGAGAAAGUCUAAAGAAAGGAAAGAAGCCAGGAUUAGCGCUCUAUGAGUGCCAGAGAGUGAUAGCAUCGGCUGGAACAAGGAACAAGGCGUGGAACAGGAGAGGAUAUCUCGCCCUCCCUCACUCUGUCUCUCUCUCUUUCUCCCUCUGUUCUGUGUGUCUUUCCCAUUAAUAGUGAGUGGUUCUUCCUCAUAUCCCUUUGGAUCUUUCCUGAACAUUGAAAAUUUGGCUCUCCACCGGAGAGAAGACUCCAAAGGAAUGCCUGAAACCAAAUGUGAAGUUCUAAAUCGUGUGUUCAAGUCAUGGUCUUAGGGAGUGGACAAUGUUCCUCCCCACCUCUCUUGCCCGCCUCUUAUACAUGUGCUUGUUUUGGUUUAAUACCUCUUGGUAUGUGAUUGGUUCAGAGUUCCCAGAAAGACCUAACUAUGAUGCCACGCCCAAUGGCACAUCAUUGGUUGGCCAAAGUCAGAGGGAGCUGUGGGCUGAUCAAGGUCAAAAUGUGACUUUAGAUUGUACAGAUACUGAUGGAGUACCACAUUCCUCGGUUGCAUGGAGCUACCACAAUGCAGCCUUUGCGGGACCAGAUUACUCCCCACCUACCCUUUUAUUCGCCCCGUUGCCCUCACAUUUGCCACCUGUGCGACAACAUCUUCAGCCUUUGCCCAAUGGUAGCUUGGCGCUUUUCGACCUAUCUGAUACAGAUGGACGUGUGUACACCUGCCAGGACAUGGAGAGCAAUGAGUCGCUCAAUUCAGUGCAACUCCAUGUGCGCACCAUUCCACCAGCAGUGACCAAUCUGAGUGUAAUGGCCCACUCCGUGUAUGCCCUGGUGACCUGGGUCGUGCCGGGUGACGGAGGUGCAAGCCUGCGAGGUUUUCGCCUCCGCUAUCGAAGAGACAAGAGUCAUCUUAGCGAGGAGGAUGAGCUAGCGCUAGCUAUUGAUGAGCGCCGGUCAUAUGAAUGGACAGACGUGCCACUCAUUGGGCCCCAUGAAACGGCUCACACGGUUUAUGGAUUGGCCCCUAAUUCCACAUAUUUCUUUCGAAUUUGCGCUGAGAACAGAUUGGGAUGUGGAAGCAACGUGAGUGUCAUGGUCGACACCACUUAUGUUGAGUCAGAGGUGGAUGCUGCCAAGGAGUUGAUGGCGGAAGAAGUUCAUGAACAGUCUUAUUUCAAGAGUACUUUCAAACCACUGAAGAAGAAGCCAUGGAGCUGGUGCCGCACAUCACACUCAAUCCCUCUUUUAAUAUUGACAUGCUGGAGUUCAUCGAAGCCGAAAGUACGUCUUCCUCGUCAAUCUUGGCUCAAGGUGAAGUUGGGUCCAAUUCGCACGGCAGCUCACUUCUAGAUCCAGAGGGACAUAAUCAUUGUGUUGAAGAACAUCACGAUGACGAAAGCGACGAAAUCAAUCUAGUCAACUCUCCUCCCAAAAGAAAAAACAUGAACUCCCGACCGAAUGGAUGAUCCAUUCAGACAACUAUGGUAGAGUUUUCAAUUUUCUGCUACCAUAUAAAAGAUGCUCGUUUAUUUUCGGUUUUCUCGACCUUUGUCAGGUUUCUUAAUGUAGCUAAUCCAUAUAUCUCUCAGUCGGAUUGUUAAUUCUGGGUUCUUCCAAGAUUACCUGUGAGCCUUUCUUUGAUAGUUUCUAAAACUGCACAUGUUCAGAAAGUGCCCAAUCUAGUCAUUACAAAUGCAUUUGCUUCUCUUUCUAACUGUGACUGGUCGAACAAGUUGGUAUAUUUUUACUCAUUUAUUUGACUUGGCAGUUCCAAUAUCUAUCUGUCUAGUUCAACUUUCUAAUUGUGCCAUUUGUUUAUGCCAAUCCUAUAUUUUCCGUUUUUCAUCUCAAACAUAUAGUUCCCUUAACACUCUCAAUAACUGUAUUUUCACGAGCAGUUGACGUAAUCUUGUGUGUCUAAUGCAAUUUUUUUGGUUCAUCUUCUUUUUGAUACGAAAUAAUACGUCAGAAAAAGUGAUGAAA